AUGCCAGUUAAGAAGGCGACUACUUCGAAACGUGACUCCUCGCCGCCAAAAAAGCCAACAUCAACUACUGCAAAGCAGCCACAAAAAGUCAAUUUAGCAAAACCUGUAGAGAAGACGACAGCCACAGUGGUCGAUAAACCAGAACCGAUUAUUGUUAAACAGGUCAAGUUGAAAGAAGCUGUUCCAAAGGAGAUGGAAAAAUUAACAAACUUGAAAAGAUGGCCAAUUAUUAUGGAUGAAGUCGGAAAUUUGAAAACAUUCUAUCGUCUUAAUGAAACUGUGAUCGAUUUUACGACGCCUCUCACUGUGCAACGUGUAAAAGUUGCCCUUCAACAUGUCUUCUUUGGACUUUCGUUCAAUGGAGACGGAUCGAUUAAUGACCAUCGUGAAUAUAGCAUUCCAAAUAAUGUCAAUCGAUUGGUAGCGAUCAUCAUGGAAGAAAACUCAAUAGAGAAAUGUGCCGAAGAAUUGCGAAAAGUAUGCGAUCAACUACAUCCAGAACUGUUCGAUACAGUUUUUGUGAAAGCCGAUGUUAAAGAAUCGGGAAGAGAUAAUUUGGAUCGUCUCUUUGCCAUGACGCAAACACCCGAUGAAAUAAGUAAAUCUGACUACUAUCAAUCCGGUGCUAAGAGUCGAGCUGAAGUACCUUUCAUUUGUGUAUGGAUCACUCAGCAAGUUGAAAUACCACCAGCCUAUGAUACUCUUUUUCGGCUGAGAUUCAAAUUGAAUUACGAUUGA